AUGUUUCCUGUCUCUAACACCCACUUUGGCUGCCUCCGUUCUUGUCUCUCAUGUACGCUCACUGCCAGGUUGUGCCUCCUGCCAAUUCCAACCGUUUCUUCUUCCCAUUCUCUUUUCCCCUGUCUUUCCCCCAUCCUCUUUCCCCCCGCCCACCUCUGCUACACCCAGUUUGGCUGCCUCUCCUCGCGCCUCAUGUAUGCGCGCAUUCGCGAGUUUGGCUGCCUCUCCUCGCGCCUCAUGUACGCUCGCAUUCAGGAGGUGCUUUCCAAACUUCCAACCCUCACUUCACCCCGUUCUCUUCUCCUAUGUCCCCUACUUCCACCCCAUCCCCAACACCAGUUUGGCUGCCUCUCCUCGCGUCUCAUGUACGCUCGCAUUCAGGAGGUGCUUUCCAAACAGCCCGGCCACACAAAGCCGCCGGUGUCCCUGAUAGGACAGCUGCUGUGGCGGGAAUUCUUCUACACAGCAGCAUACGGCACACCCAACUUUGAUCGCAUGCAAGGCAGCAGCAUCUGCAGGCAGAUUCCCUGGAAGGCAGAUCCUGAGCUGUUGGUCGCGUGGCGAGAUGCGAAAACCGGCUUCCCCUGGAUCGAUGCCAUCAUGGUUCAGGUGACUAAUUCAGGUGGUAACUGGCGCAGGCAGAACCGGGUGCAUGCAGGUAGCAUCAUGCAGGGCAGCAGCAUCUGCAGGCAGAUUCCCUGGAAGGUGGACACGGAGCUGUUGGCUGCGUGCUCCGCCAGUGGGGGUGGAUGCACCAUCUGGCGCGCCACUGCGUCGCGUGCUUCCUCACUCGAGGCGAUCUGUUGGUGCAUUGAGAGCUGGGGCGAGAUGUAUUCGACCGGCUCUUGUUGGAUAGGGAUUGGCCAUCAACAACGGCAACUGGCUCUGGCUCUCCCCUCCCUCACCCUGCUCCACUCCUCCCAACCACUCCAUCCUCCCCAUCCCUGCAUUGACACAGUUGGUGCAUUGAGAGCUGAGCCAAGAUGUAUCCGCGUCCGCCUUCUUCUCCCGGUAUUACCGCAUCUACUCCCCCAUCACCCAUCUGGGCUGGACGAGUGUGACAGCCUGCUGUGCUGUGGUUUGGUACACUGGGAGCUGGGGCGAGACGUGUUCGACCGGCUGUUGGUGGACUCUGAUUGGGCCAUCAACAACGGCAACUGGCUUUGGCUCUCCGCCUCUGCCUUCUUCUCCCAGUACCACCGCAUCUACUCCCCUGUCACCUUUGGCAAGAAAUACGACCCCUCGGGGAAAUUCAUCCGCCACUUCCUGCCUGUUCUGAAAGACAUGCCGUCGCAGUACAUUUACGAGCCAUGGACCGCACCUCUGGCUGUGCAACGCAAGGCCAACUGCAUCAUUGGGAAGGACUACCCUCGUCCGAUUGUCGACCACGCGGAGGCCAGUAAGCGCUCCACCCCCUCCGCCACCACCGCCUCCUCCUCCGCCCCCUCCACCGCCUCCACCGCCACCGCUGCCGCCACCACCACCGCUGCCGCCACCUCCGCCGCCUCCGCCGCCGCUGCCACCACUACCACCACCACCCCCUCCACCACUCCCGCCGCCACCCCCACUCCCUCCGCCGCCUCCACCGCCACCUCCACCGCCCCCUCCAGCUCCACCCGCGCCCUUGCCCCCCUUGCCCUUGCCAGAGCGGCGUCGCCCACUAGGGCGUCGUGA